UGACAACUGCCGCGUCCUGUGUCUACGAUGCUUCUACAUCAAGCGGGGAUCGUUUGCCAAGUUGACCUUGAUGGAAUUCCUCACCAUGCUUUACACAGUCAAGGAGGGAGAGUGGAUGAGCGUGGAUGAUUUUUUCCAAGAGAAGGCUCCAGCGGACGUUAAAAAACGCGUGAAAACCUUGGCUGCCAAGAAGAACUGGCUGGUGAAAGAAGCUCAGCCUGCAGAUGACCGUGGAGUGGAUGGAGUCAUCAUCAUGCCAGAUAACAAAAAGCGGAAGGUUCGUGUUGGUGCAAAAAUGGAGAGCUCUUCAAUCAAACGGUCCGAGUUCGAGAACCAUGCGGAGCGUGACGAGAAGCAGAAGAAAGAUGCACAAUCUUUUGCAAUUCAGUCCAAUGACAAGGACGUGGUGGACAAGGCCAUGUCGGAAGAGCCCGAGGAGGCUGUGGACCCCAUUGAGGAGAUGCCCAGUGAAGCCGAAUCUGAUGCAUCCUCCGGCAGUGGUUUCUUUGGGGUCAAACACGCGAAGCCUGUCAAGGAGAAGCAGCCUGAUGCCAGGACAGCACCAUCGAGAGGUCCUGUGAAGCCUGAGGCAUUGUCUCCAAUGGCCAUUUGGCAGGGCACUGUGAAGGAAAAGGACAUUGGAAGCCGAUUGGAAAAGGCCGGCCAGGUCAUCACCAGCCUUGAGAAGGAUGGCCGUGAUGAUGCCAAGUCUCUCAUUGCUGAUUUGCAGACGUCCAUGAUGGCUGCCGAGACCCAUGUGCAGCUCCUUUGCACAGAUAUGGCCUAUGACUCUCUGGACGAGUUGGACAAGAUUUUGCCACAUGUUGUCGACAAGGUGGCCAAAAUGCCAUCAGACUGCUUGAAUGCCAUCAUGAGUGAUAUUGGCAAAAAAGUGAUCCAGGACUGUGCAACCUCUUUCGACUUGGCUCAGGGGUCCGUGGCAGAUACCUUUUUCUUCGACUUCAUCAGUUCGGAUGAUGCGGAUGUGAAUGCCAAGGAUAAGGGGCUUUCAUUGCGGGCUUUGCUCUGUCGGCGCGAUUCUUGUUCUAUGAGUCUGGUGGACUUGCUGAAGCUUCAGUGCUCACUUGGCAACGCAUGGAUGGACAAGAUUAAGUCAUUGCAGCCACAAGACGUGGACAAGUUUCUGCGUUCAAUUCCUGGCAAGCUGUGGAAUCCAGAGCUUGCGAGGAAAUGUGCAGAACAUCCCACUAGCGAUGCCCUUCACGAAGACUACAAAGUGCUGAGUCCCAGGGUCGUCAUUGACCUUCACAAGUUCCUGAGCUGUGCCAAAGUUUUGGAUGAGAAGGAACCAUUUGGCAUUGAGCUGGUCAGGAGCCUGAAGACCAUUGCGGCUCUGGCAAGUGCCACUUCACCUCGUGUGAACUUGAUGUUUCGGAGCAAUCCGAGCCUUUGGCAACAGGCCUUGACAGCUUCUCAGAAUUCCAUCUCUGAGGAGAAUGCUCUUGCAGAGUGCGACACAAUGGUUUCAGACUUGACAGUGCUGGGUGAGCUGCUCCAGCAGUUUGCGAAGGACAAGAACACUCCGGCCCUGGAGCAGGCAGAAACUCAGAUCCAGAAAUGCCAGCGAGCAUUGGACCUGGUGAGCAUUUGCAAGACUUCGACGCAUGAACUUGCUCCUGGGAAGGUUGAGUCUUUGACGCGAGCAGUGACACUACUUCAAGAGACAGUCAAUGGCACGUUGCGUGCAUCUGACAAGUUCAGGUCCUUCGUGGAAUCACUUUGGGCUGCGGCUGACGACCUCACAGUGCCUGAUGCUACAGUGGCAUUCAGCAGUGGGGACCAGGAGGUUGAGAUGAAUGUGAGAUGCUUUUUGGGAUUCCUGACUGUUGAAGGCGACAACAGCUUUCUGCAGGAAACAGCGCAGGCCCUCUAUGACUACAUUCUUGCUUGUCCCAAUGCCGAGUCUUUGGCUUUGCGUGCGUGCUGUGACUUUGCAUCAAAACUUGAGAAGUUGGCUGCCAGGAUCACUGCAAAGGAAGUGGCCCAGGAUGGUUGGGCUCAUGCAUUUUUGACAGCCGUGAAGCGCUUCAACACCAAUUUGGAGGCGCUUGCUUCCAAGUGGAUUGCAGCUGUUUUGCAGGAGAAAGGUGCCGAUGCCGCUUGGGGCUAUGUCAAUGGCUGCCUCCCGAAUCUUCCCAAGUACUUGAAGUCUCACCAGUCCAUCUUGAUGCAAGCUUCGUUUCUGGAAGGGCUCACUCAACCGAAGGCCACAGAUGACCUGAGUGAGUUGUCAAAGCAGUUGAAGGCUUAUGUCACCAUCAAGACAUCCAUUCAGCACAAGGCCUUGAGUCAGCUCUUCCCUGAGCGCUUGGAGAAGGUGGUGGAGUUUGAGGACCACACGUCCAAGAACAUCAUCACAUUCUUGCAGAGGUUCCGGAAGUCCGAGACCAACAAAGCCAAGGUCCACAUUGACCAGCACAGGCCAGUGCUUGCUGCUAUUGAGAUGUGGCAGCUGGAUGAGCAUAAGUGGAUGUUCCAGGAGGAGAACAAGGAUGCCCAAGCGCUGAUUGAACUGCUCAUGGACUUCAUGGAGAGGACGUUGCCCCACUGCACAUUCUUGAGAAACUCUAUGGCUUUGAAGACACCUUCCUUGAAGUCCGAUCCUGUGAUGUUGGAGCUGUCUCAGACACAGUCAGAUUUGGAGGCUGGCGUGGCCAAGAACCAGAUUGCCUUCAUUGGUUGCACCCAGACAGUGGUCGAGUAUGAGAGCGCACCACCGGAGGAGCAAUUGAAAGCGGCCAGGGAGUCAGCCGGCUUCAUCAGCAAGAGCCUUGGGAUGUCUGUGAAGGACUUGCCCGAUCAGCUGAGGACAAGGUUCGAGUUGUUGGGAAAGAAGCUGCCUUCUCAACCAGAACCAAAGCGGAGGACAGCUAAGCGGACACCACCGGCUGCUGGUGCCGGCGCCAAGGCCGAACCCAAGGUCAAG